AGUUUUAAGCUCUGACCGAACAAACGUCCUACUGGCGUACUGCAAUACUGUAAUUGCAGAAUAAUGUCUUCAGUGACCAGAAUUGUAUCUAAACGCAUCUAUGGCAUUUUGAAUUCAGGAAGAUCAGCAUACACGUCAGUGAUGACAGGUUUUCGUAACCAUUCGGAGGAUGGAAAAGGUCAUCGCAAAAAGGGAAAAACCCCAGCUGGAAAAUUUGAUGAUCCUCGACAAGAAUUAGAAACAGAGGAAGUGGUGAAUAUGACUGUUGAACAGGAACCUUUGGAGAGGUUUCCUAACGACAAGAACCCGGUCACGGGGGAGAUAGGAGGCCCUAGAGGACCAGAGCCCACGCGGUACGGUGACUGGGAGAGGAAGGGGCGUGUAACCGACUUCUGACAGGAUAUUUCAAAAUCUGAUUUUGUUUACAUGCAUGUCUUUCAUUUGUGGCCAUGAUUUGAAUCUCAGGUUAUUUUCAAAUGGAUUACCUGAAUCUUCUGAAGAACAGGUUCCUUGACACUUGUACUGUGUCUGCUUGACUUUGAGUUGUGUAGUAUUUAACACAGUCUGCAAUAUUUCAACAGGAAAUGAAUUAUUUAAUAGGAUGUACAUGUACAAUACAUGUACGUUUGGAGUAAAAAAAAAAAGUAGAUGUACAAAUUA